AUGAAUCAAGAUCAGUCCAUUAAGGUUGCCCUCAACAAGCAAACUGAUAUUACAAAAAGGCAAAAUCGUAUUCGGUUGAAUACUUCUGUCGAAUCAGUUAGAUACUUGUUACAUCAAGGUUUAGCUUUCCGUGGCAAUGAUGAAUCAGAGGAAUCCAAAAAUAAGGGGAAUUUUCGAGAGUUGGUACAAACAUUAGCAAAUCAAAAUGAGGAUGUGAGGAAUGUAGUUCUUAAGAAUGCUCCGGAAAAUUGCAAAUGGGUGUCUCCAGAUAUUCAAAAGGAACUUGCAAAUUAUUUUGCAAAGAUAAGAUUGAAUUCUAUUCUUGAAGAAAUUGGUGGUGAUGUCUUCAGUUUGUUGAUUGAUGAGGCUUCCGAUGUGUCGGACAAAGAACAAAUGGAUGUUGUGCUGAGGUAUGUUGACAAGCUAGGGUUAAUCCUGGAACGACUAGUUGGGAUAGUACAUGUGAAGGAAACAUCGGCAACGUGUCUCAAGUCAGCCCUUGAGAAAUUGCUUGUUGAUAUUGGAUUAAGCUUCAAGCAAGUUAGAGGACAAUGCUAUGACGGGGCGAUUGGAGCUUCAUGCAAAAGAAAAGACAUGAUCAGAGAGACUAAUAGAGAGAAUGUAAAAAGAGGCAUAAGUAGUGGACGAAUUAGUACCGGCACAGGGUUGAAUCAAGAUCAAUCACUUCAAAGGGCGGGAGACACCCGUUGGGGUUCUCAUUAUAGAACCCUCUCAAGCUUAAUUCAGUUGUUCCCAUCAAUUGUUAAGAAGUUUGAUGACAGAUUCAAUGAAGUAAAUUCUUCAUUGCUUAUUCACAUGGCUUCUUUCAAUCCAAAAAACUCUUUCGCUGCUUUUAACCCGGAGAGUUUGCUGAAGCUAGCUGAGUUUUAUCCUCAGGAUUUCCAUUCAUCAAAAUUGAUGGAUCUUGGGCAUGAACUUCGGAUUUACAUUGAGAAUGUCCGAGCGGACAAAAGAUUUGCCAAUUUGGAUGGCAUUGCAGAUCUUGCUAAAAAAUUGGUGGACACUAAGAAACAUCUUGCUUUCCCUGUGUAUCAACUUCUAAAGUUGGUACUGAUUUUUCCCGUUGCCACGGCGUCAGUGGAGAGAUGUUUUUCAGCAAUGAAUACUGUGAAGUGUGUUUUACGUAACAAAAUGGGCGACAAGUUCAUGAGUGACUGCUUGAUUUGCUAUGUGGAGAAAGAUAUAUUUUCUACCAUUACGAAUGAUGCCGUAAUUGAUAUGUUUAAGAAAAUGAGUGAUCGGGAAGGCAAACUAUAA